CAGUUCUAAAACAAUCUACUUUUUGUAACAAAUAUAACUCGAAAAGAUAUAUACAUAAAAUUAGGACUUGAGCGUCGACUCUAAUAUCGAAAGUCGACUUUUCGCGCGCUGUUACCAUCCCUAGCUUCGAGAUAUAUAAGUUAAACAGUAGCUGGGAGAGGACACUGCCCUGCAGAACCUCCUGUUUAAUUCUUCUCAGUUUGGAGUUUUGACAUCGAAACAAUACGGAUGAAUUCCGACCGCUCAGGUAGUUCAUAGUCUCUCUCAAUCCUGGAGGGAGCGUAGAUUAUUCGAUGUCCUCAAGUAGCCUUGUGGGUUGACUGUGUCAAAAGCUUUUGACAAGUCCAACGCUACGAGCAUGGUCCUUUCGCAGAGUGGCUUUUGGUUUAGGCCAUGAACUAUCUGGGCGUUUAUGUCGCUAAGUGCUGUGGUGGUGCUGUGAACUUUACGGAAUGCUGGUGGUUUGCUAGACUCAGGUGGUGAGUGAAUGACGGGAGUAACAUGGCCUCAAGUGUUUUCACUACUGGUGAAAGGAGAGUUAUCCGACGAUAAGAAUCCCCUUUGUUGGUGGGUUUCCCAGAUUUGAGUAGUGAGACCACUCUUCUGAUUUUCCACACAUUGGGUAUUUGAAGAGUGGUCAUCGACAGCUUGAUGACCUUGGUGAGAUAGCGUACUCCCGUCGAGCCUAGAUGUUUUAGCAUUAACAUGCUAAUUCCGUCAGGGCCAAUGGACGAUUUUGCUUUGGCACUCUGAACAUCCCUAUCGGUGAAAGUAAGUGGUGCGCGGUCUUUUGGUAUUUUGCGCCACCGUCGGGUAACACAUCGUUUGGUCUUGUCUGCCAAAGGGUGCAGUGUCAAUUGCCGGCUAAACUAGCUCGCGCACUUCUUCGGGUUUGAGGAGGCAUGGCCAUCAAAUUGAAUUUGAACUCGGUCGUCAUGUUUCCUCGGAUUAGACAAGGCCUUGACAGUACUCCAAAGCUUACUUACACCGGUGAAGAGGUUGCAGGACUUCAAAUGCUCUAUCCUCGAUCACCUUGCGGAAAUGACGCUGGCCAACGUGACGUCCGUAGGAAUGAGUAGUGCUGUGACGAUGCUCUCAGUAAAUUCUGUGAAACCGACCCAGUUAGCUUUGCUAAAGUUAUCAAAGGUGCGGUUGUCCACAGAAAUAAAGUCGGGAGGUUUCUCGAUCGAGAUAAUUAUGGGCAGAUGAUCUGAUGCGAGAGUUAGCAAAGUUCGCCAGGUGCAGAAUGCCGAAUCGCCAAUAUGUUCCGCCAACUCUAUCCCCUUACGAUCGUUUGACAGGCAGCAGCGCCACAGAACGCGGUGCGCGUUAAAGUCGCCUAUCACCAAACGGUUUUCACCACGAAGUAGCGCACUUAUGUUCGGGUGAUAUCCUGUUGGUCAACAUGUAAAUGGGGGGAUGUAUAUAUUAAAAAUCUCGAGCAUCGCCUGACCGGACAGCUAUACCCUGACAUUCAAGCGUAGUGUCCCUGCGGUCGAUGUCAACAUCGAUUACAAGAUAUAGCGCGGUGUUCUGCAGUAUGAAGGCUUGGCCUCCACCAUUAUCUCGCUCGUGAUCCUUACGUAAAACGUUGAAACCUGCACAACUCGGAAGAUUUGAGCGGCUGUUUAGCUUUGUUUCUUGGACCAAAGCUAUCGAUACGCGUUCCCGGCUCAUUAAUGCAACUAUAUCCUCGAUCGUACUCUGGAGUCCGUUGCAGUUAAAUUGUAGAAGUCGCGUUUGUCUCGGGUGUCUAGUGGUGAUCCUGGGGGAAGGGAGGUACUAUACGCAUGGGCGGUUGUCGCACUGUGGUGGUUAGACUGGGAGUCAUGCUGCCUGUGUGAGCUCCUUAAGGACGUGGACGUCCUUUCUUGGCCACUGACAGUGCAGUGCGCGAACAUGGUGCAGUUUGCACAGCCGUUGAGGCAGGUGUCGCAGUAGUGCAUUUCCAGCAUGGGGCCACGUAACUUGUGAUCCACUCCCUAUGUGUCUUAAGAUAGAUUCAUCCAUUGCAUGUAUUACACUUAACCGGGGUGGAGUUUGGAGAGAGCCUUUUAGCGCAAAUGCAGCAGAAGAGUUCCUCGAGGCCCGGGUUUUACUCGAUGCCAGCACAGGUCAGGAGGUUACGGAGCAACCCAGCUGCUAGGUGUUGCUCUGAGGACGACAAACUUAAAUUAAAACUCACCGAUCCGAACAGGGUUAGAUCGCCGAAUUAACAGCCCUUGGACGCAUAAAAUCCGGGUCAAUUCCGGUAACGUAGAACAGCUGUUGUGGGAAUUGUUGACUUUUAUUGUAAAUACUGAUAAAAAAUAUUUUCUACCAAUACUUUCUGCUUACCAACCAUCGAACCAAAACGGUAACAUUAUUACUUAAUAUCAUUUUACGGAUUUUAGUAUGGCAACGUUGUUUAUCACUUGUUCGGUUCUAUCAUGCUGUUGAUUUCAAAACUUUUGUUCUGCGAUUUGCAUAUUUUCCAUUGAUGAACAAUUUCGCGUUAACCAACUUGUCCUAUCCAUUGACUUCUUAUAUAUUAAAAUAUUGCUAGAUAAUAAUGGAAAACAAACCAUCGGUGCUGAUAUUGGGAGGGUGUGGAUUCAUUGGCCGUAAUAUGGUUACUUAUUUGAUAGAGAAUGAUUUGACUCAGGAAAUCCGUGUAGUGGAUAAAACGCCACCACAAAUGGCCUGGCUGAACGACCGACAUAAUCAAUCUUUUGAUAACAAAAAAGUGGAAUUUUGCAGCGCUAAUCUCAUAAAUGCCGAGUCUUGUAAAAAUGCGUUCACCCCCCACCCUAUUACAGGGCGUACGUGGGAUCUGGUUUUCAACUGUGCAGCAGAGACACGUCCAAAUCAAACAGAAGCUGUUUAUAAGGAAGGAAUACUUAAAUUAAGUAUGAAUUGUGCCAAUGAAGCAGCGAACAUAAAAGUGAAGCGAUUUAUUGAGCUAAGUUCCGGUUGCGUUAACAGUUCGGAAAAGGUGCCACAAAAAGAAGAUUGUAAGCAUGAGCCGUGGACUUCUUUGGCUAAACAAAAGCUGAAGGUCGAGCGUGAGCUUGAAACACUAACUAAUGUGUUGGAUUAUACGGUUGUAAGACUGCCUAUCGUUUACGGAUUAGGAGAUAAGCGCUACUUAUUGCCUCGCGUUAUUGUGGCUGCAAUAUACAAGUAUUUGAAUGAGUGUAUGAAGUUGCUAUGGAAUGAGUCUAUGCGACUUAAUACUGUGCAUGUUGAUGAUGUUUGUGCGGCGAUGUGGUUUUUAGCACUUAACCCAGCCGCAGCAGGUGAAAUAUACAAUAUCGUCGAUGACGCUGAUUCCACCCAAGGAACAAUAAGCGACAUAUUAUCGGAUGUAUUUUCAAUAAAUGUUGAUUACUUUGGCGUGGUUAUGUCGAAUUUGACAAAGUUAAGCCUCUCGGAUACAGUGAGUGAUGUAAAUGAUAAACACAUGACGCCAUGGGCGGAGAUUUGUCAAAAGAAUGAAAUCAACAAUACACCGUUAACGCCAUAUUUAGACGAAGAGCAGUUGUAUCACAAACACUUAUAUUUAGAUAAUACAAAAUUAAAGACUGCAGGAUAUCAGUUGAAGGUGCCUAAGUUAACGCGUGGUCAUGUAAUACAGAUCAUUGAAGACUAUAUAAAACAAAAACUAUUUCCAAAAUCUCUAAUGGUUUGAAAUUCGCCUCCACUAAUUUGGUACUUAAUUGAGUAACUUAAAAAAGAUUUGUGAACUAAAUUAAUUAAAAUACUUUAAAUAUUUGAAUACUCUAUAAACUCAAGUCAUUGGAUAUUAAUAAGAGUUAUUCAAAGCUGAUAUUUAAAGUAACAAUUAAAGACAUUAUAAGACCUAAGUUCUUUUUGUACACAUUUAUUGUACUACGCCGAUAUAAUCUAAAGUGUACUUAUAGUAUUACUGUAAAGUAAGAUUUUAAAAUAGAAGACUAAAACGAAUUUUAAUGUUUUACGUAUCUAUGUAUUCGUAUCUACUCACAUAAUUAUUGUAUCGACAUUUUUUAUACAUAUAAAUGAUAUUUUACAAUAAGCAAUAAUGCUUUGUCAUAUUUUGUGCCAAGAUGAAAUAAAAAUGAAAACUUAAUAAAAACUUGUAAAUUAUAAUGGAAACAUA